AUACCGCCCAAGGCCCAAGCAGCGGGAGUUCGGUGCGCUUUUCCGGUCAAAACUCGCCGAGGCUGAUCGGCGAUCGCACCUCCACCUCCGCCGUCCGCAGCCACCUUGGUCGUCCUCCCAGUCAACUCUAUUCCUCGUCCCGCCCCGCCCCGCGCCUUCUUGUGGCGUCAUUUUUUCCUCCCGCGCUAUAACGACGGCAAGGAUUCAUACGAACGAGAAUUAGGCGAAGCAACGUAGAAGGAUCGCCAGCGAUUCGAACACUCAUCCAGCUUCAAUCUGCGCGAGAUUAAGCUCAACAUAUGGCCGGAGCCGCCCUCCCUACGGCGGAGCUGACCACCAGUGGCCGCCCGAUCCUCCUCCCCAACGAGAUCGAGUGCUCUCUCCUCUCCAACGUCGAGCUCGAACCUGAAGGUUCGCCGCCGCUUAGCUCCUCCAUUCACCUCAGGUCGUCCUUCUUGAUCCUCACGACUCACCGCCUCAUCUUCGUCUCCGACUCCUCCGCUGCCGCUGCCAACACCGCCUCCUAUGUCCCCCUCGCGUCCGUCACGCACAUAUUCUUGCUGAAGAAAUCGAUCAAGUCGAUGUUUGGGUCGCCGCGGCUCAAGGUCCAGUUGUCUGUAGGCUCGGACGGGCGAGUGGGCGGCAUGGGGACGAGGUCGAUCGUGGCGACGCUGGUGAUGAGAGGGAAGGAUGACGUGGAGGCGUUUGUGGACAAAUUCAGGCAGAAUUGGGGCGCGAGGGUCUGGGAGAGAGAGAAGGAGAGUGAGAGCGCGAGUUCAGGGUCGAGUUUGGUUGUGGAGUCGAGUGCCAGUUCGAGCGGGUUUGAUUCGAGAGGAAUGAGAGUGGUUGGGGUCGCGGGGAUACUGAGGAGAGAACAGGAGAUGUGGGAGAGCACUGAUAAGAGCUUGCAGGAUGCUUUCCAGGACUUGAAUGCCCUCAUGAGUAAAGCAAAAGAGAUGGUGAUGCUUGCUGAGAAAAUGAGGUUGAAACUUUUAUCUGGCCCAUCUCAAGCUGGAUCAUCAAAUGAUGAGGAAUUAGGUUCAAAAGAAGAAAUGCAGGAUUGGUUGUUGAGUGUUGGUAUUGUUUCUCCAGUUACAAAAGAGUCGGCCGGUGCUUUGUAUCACCAGCAACUAUCCCGGCAGUUAGCAGAUUUUGUGAAGAUUCCUCUUGAGAGGUCUGGAGGAAUGAUUAAUCUUAUAGACAUGUACUGCCUUUUUAACCGGGCUCGGGGCACAGAACUGAUCUCUCCAGAGGAUCUGUUGCGAGCAUGUUCCCUGUGGGAGAAGUUUGAUGUUCCUGUAAUGCUUCGGAAGUUUGAUAGUGGAGUAAUGAUUAUCCAGAAUAAGUCCCACAGCGAUGAAGAGGUUUUUGCUAGAAUCAAGUUGCUCAUUACACGGCCUGACGCCCUUCAGAUGGGUGUAAGUGCUGGUGAUGCUGCCAUGACCCUAGGAAUUGCUCCAGCAAUGGCCAAGGAGCACCUCUUAACUGCUGAGAGCCGAGGUUUACUAUGCCGGGACAUAAGCCCUGAUGGCUUUCGUUUCUACAUUAAUUUAUUUCCUGAGAUUCGUACAGAUGACAUAUACCUAGUGAAAGAUCAGGGAAUCUACGCUACAUGGAUCAAGUGUGCAUCUUCUCCUUCUAGGUUGCAAUGAGAUAGACGCCUUCUGGUUCCUUUAACUUUGUUGCGAACAAAUCUCACUUCUGCUGACACCGAAGAGGGCAUCCCUACAUUUCUUAAGGGCCGUGCUUCGAUCUUUUGAUCAAUCUUUCAUGGUGCAAAACAAUUGGAGUGAGAUUGACUGUUGAGGCAUAAGCUUGGUCCGUAUUUGGGAGACUGACGAGAGACGAAGACUUAUGGAGUUCUAAGUCGUGAGGAUAGAUCUAGUCAAAAUGGGGGUCCUUAGUCCUUGCGAUUUCUGCGACGAGACGAAGGAUUCAGGGGAUUGCCACCGACUUGCCAUGAGAUAGCAAUGCCCCAUUCUUUCCCAGCUGCAGGUUCUUGUUUCUAGCAUCAUUUAUAGAUUGGCGAGCUCCUCCCUUCCCCUUGUGCCUUAACCUUUUGUUCUUGUGAGAUCGGUACGGUAUAUCCCCGAACAAAAGCCCGAGGCAUCCAUCUUAUUUAUUUUCAUAAAUCAAAGAGCGUUGUUCAAAUGCUUCGCAG